GCCAGACCGGGACCUUCGACGGCUGGUCCAUCACUAGCGCCAUAAGAUAUUAGUUUGUUUUUUUUUGCAACAAACAUUUACAUUAGUUAUGCGUGCGUGGCCAAAAUGCUAAUCGUUUGGUUAGUGCUUGCCGCCACACUGAGCCGCUUCAUCCGAGCCAGCACCACGAUAUCGAUACCGAUCACAACGCAGGACAUAAUAGCGGGUGACGUGUUUUUUGAAAUCCUGUCGCCUUCGGACUUGGAAUACACGUACCGGCUACGUCCAGCCAAGGACUUCGGAUCCGCCUUCUCGGAGCGGCUAGAGGGCGUGCCGCUGGUGCUCACAGAUCCGCCUGGCGCCUGCCAGGAGAUUCGGAAUGCACGGGACAUCAAUGGGGGCGUCGCACUCAUCGAUAGAGGGGAUUGCUCCUUUGUCACAAAGACACUGCAGGCGGAAGCAGCGGGUGCAUUGGCCGCAAUCAUUACCGAGUACAAUCCCAGCUCGCCAGAGUUUGAGCACUACAUCGAGAUGAUACAUGACAACUCCCAACGGGACGCCAACAUACCGGCCGGCUUUCUGCUCGGGAAGAACGGAGUCAUCAUUCGGUCGACGCUGCACAGACUGAAAAGGGUGCACGCCCUAAUUAACAUACCCGUUAACCUCACCUUCAUCCCGCCCUCCAAGAUCAACCAUCCGCCGUGGCUGGGGUGGUGACGGGAGCAGGAUUGCAGCAAGGAAUAAGGACUUGUGUGGAGGAGGCUCAUACGAUCUGAAACCAAAGUGCAUACUCGAAGGCAGAGAAAUCGAGACCGGAAAUGAGACUAAACUUUAGAGUACCAAUAAGUAGCUAAUUCGUAGACGGAAGCCAUAAAUUGUAAAUAAAUUGCGUAGCAGCCGGUCAGUCAGGUCGCAAAGUUGUAAGCUAGACAAAUACUAUAAGUGUUUAUUAUUAUAUGCGAAUGCGUACUUGUA